AUGAGCGCACGCCUGGUCGCGGGCGCCGCCGCGGCCGCCCUGCCGCUCCACGCUGGCGCUGCCGCUGCGGCCGCCGCCCCCGACGCGGGCGUGCACGUGUUCACGUUCGCGGACCGCUUCCAGGACGGGGAUACGCUCUGCUACCUAGCAAACACCGUUCAGGCCGCGGGCGGCGUGCUCCACGUGCUCGGGCUGCGCGACGGCGGCCCCUCCUUCCGCCUGCCGUGGGGCGAGCUCGAGGGCCCACGCGGUGACGAGCAGUGGCACUUUGCAGACCGGACGAUCAUGCUGAAGAAGCACGUCUUCCUCGCCCGCGCGAUCCGCCGGGUCCCGGCGAACGACACGGUCGUCUUCGUGGACGGCUUCGACGUUCUUUUCCACGGCCCCUGGCGGACCUCCUGCGGGGCUACCGCGCCCUCGCGCGCGCGCGGGGCGUGGGCGCCGGAGGGGCGUGGCCCGUCGUCUUCAGCGGGGAGCUGA